CCUGCUCGGCCGAGCUGUAAAGCUAGAUCAGUUUGUAUUCGGUCGUUGAUUAGACCAGCUGAGAAACAUGGCUACUGUUGCUCCAAUUGAAACCCCUGCCGCUCCCACUUCCUGGUGUGGUCGUGGCGACAAGCCCCGCACCUUUGAGAAGCACUCUCCAGUUGUCUGCUAUGAUAAACCAGAGGCAUCGAUUGUAUCGAGGGAGGAAUACGAUGAUAAGCGUUUCAAGGCUCUGACCGGCGAUCUGGUGGAGACUUUGGUGGUGCCCAAGCGGGAAGCACGCACCUGGACAAUGCAGGCUGGCGACCUUUGCCGCGUCACCAUUCAUGAGGGCUCGCAGGUGGGCGACAUGAACUUCUGGAACCUCGAGAACACCGCCGAGCGCUUUUACUCCGGCAAGACGCGCCAGUUGCACUCGUCGCACCUGAGUGUCUACGACCGCCUGUGGAGCUGCUUGCCAUAUCUACGUCCCAUGGCCACAUUCGUGUUCGACUCUCUGGCCGGCUAUGGGAUUGAUGAGGACGGAGGUUCACUGCACGAUGUGAUUGGAACGCGUUGCGACGACUACACCUACAAGCUGAUCACGGGCAAAGAUCGGGUGGGCAGUUGCCAUAGCUCGUUGGUCAAGGCGGUUGUGGAGGAGCGUGGUCUGGCGGAGCAGGAUGUGCACGACGUGUGGAACAUCUUCAUGUGCACAGGGUUCACCCGGGACACUCAUCAGUAUUUCUGCAAGCCGAGUCCCGCCCGCAAGGGAGACUUCAUUGAGUUUGUAGCAGACAUGAAUCUGCUGGUGGCCCUGAGCGCCUGUCCCCAAGGGGAUGUCUCCAUCCAGGUGGGCGCCGAAGUGCCAGACGAUAAGUGUCACCCCCUCAAGGUCGAGGUUUUCCGCAGAAAGUGAGCUGAUCGAUUUAUUCGUAUUACAAAUGAAGAAAUUCUGGUUACCCAGUGCCAUAUUAAAAACAAAAACAAUUCACUCAUUAGAGAUGAGCAAGAAUCACAGUUAUUACCUGUUGUAACAAAAUCGAAAAACAGUGACACUGAUAGCUUUUUAUGUGCAGUAAAGCUUGUGUUUAAAUAUAUUAUCCCUAGAAAGUUGCAA